AUGCCCGGUUGGUCAAUGGAACGUGUUCAAGUCGUAAUUGAAAAGUUCAAACUGGAUGUUCAGGGCGACCGGCACGAGCCCGAUUACGCUAGUGGAGACACCAACUUGGGCAAAACAGUCGCCGGUGUGUCCGUCUUUGCAAAGAAGAAGGUAGACACCUCUACUCCAGCCGCACAUCAAAGUGACCUACCCCUUCAUGUUGACACAUAUGGAGGUGGUGCCCGUUGGUAUAUUGUGGAUCACCGCUCUACUGUGGAUCCUCACUCCAUGCGCCUGGAUAUUGAGUGA